UUUCAUAAAACAACGGGCCGUCAUCCAUUGUUAAAUUCUAAACUAGUAUUGUGGUAAGUAAAAACCCUAACCAGUGGGGAAGAGGGGAUUUCAAAUAUCAUUUUGAAAGAAUCAUAGAAAAAGAAAAAAUCUUUAACAGUGGACAUGGAUAUGGAAAGUGAGUUUGAUCGGAUCCUUUUCUUCGAGCAUGCUCGCAAAACAGCGGAAGCCGCCUAUGCCAAAAACCCCAUCGACGCCGAUAACUUGACGAGAUGGGGAGGUGCGUUACUGGAGUUAUCUCAGUUCCAGAACGUACCGGAUUCGAAGAAGAUGAUUUUAGAUGCUAUAUCAAAAUUGGAGGAGGCACUAGAGGCUAGUCCGAGUAAGCACGAUACUCUUUGGUGCUUGGGAAACGCGCAUACAUCCCAUGCAUUCUUGACUCCCGAUCAAGAUGAGGCCAAGGUUUAUUUUGAAAAGGCUGCCCAGUACUUUGAGCAAGCUGUUGAAGCGGAUCCACAAAAUGAACUUUACAAAAAAUCCCUAGAAGUGGCUGCCAAGGCUCCUGAGUUGCAUAUGGAGAUCCACAAGCAUGGUUUCGCUCAGCAGGCUAUGGGAGCAGGUCCUUCAGCAUCUACAACUACGAAGCAGGGAACGAAGAAGAAGAAGAGUAGCGACCUAAAGUAUGACAUUUUUGGGUGGAUAAUACUUGCAGUCGGCAUUGUUGCGUGGGUGGGAUUUGCAAAAUCUCACUUGCCUCCGCCUCCUCCAAGAUAAGCUCGAUAUGUUUUGCCUUGGGUGACCUGCUUAAAUUUUUUUUUAGAUGGAUCAAGUCACGGAUAAAAUACCAGUAUGCCGCUGCCGCUAGUGAAUUUUUGUCCCAGAGCUUGCUUUUAUCAAUGUUAACUAAAUAAGAAAAUAUAUGUUUGCAUCCUGUCGUAUUUUAUUUUAUACAUUGUCAUAAAUGAUUAGAUUUAUUGUGCCAUGAUAUUUUGUUGAUU